UUGAGCUGUAUGUCAGUUCAUCAUAAAUCACAAUCUGCUUCACAAAUUCAUGGAUCAAGCAAGAGAAUUCAAUUUCUUAUCCCCUUUCUUUCUCCUUCUUCUUCCGCUUCUCUUUUUCAUCUUCAAGCACAUCAGUUCUUUAUCUUCAAAAAGGCUACCUCUUCCACCAGGUCCAAAACCAUGGCCUAUCAUAGGCAACAUUCUCCAAAUGGGAAAAAUGCCUCACCUUUCAAUGACCCACUUUGCACAAGUUCAUGGUCCUCUCAUUUCUCUAAGGCUUGGCACUCAACUCCUUGUUGUUGGAUCUUCUCCCACAGCUGCAACUGAAAUUCUCAAGACCCAUGAUCGUUUACUCUCAGCUCGAUAUGUUCCACAAGUCACUCCCUAUGAUGACUCUGUCCGUGAUGGUAAUUCUCUUGUUUGGGCCAGUGGAUGCAAGGAGUGGAAGUUUUUAAGGGCCUUAUGCCGGACUGAGUUAUUCUCAGCCAAAGCAAUAGAGUCACAGGCCAUUUUGAGAGAGCAGAAAGUAGGUGAAAUGGUGGAUUACUUGGGGAGCAAGGAGGGAAAGAUAGUCCAUAUUGGAGAAAUUGUCUUUACCACUAUUGUCAACACGUUGACCAACCUUUUUUUCUCAAAGGACUUGGUUGAUUGGGAAAAUCAAGAGGAGGCUAAUGGACUGAAGGGGAUGAUUAGGAGGAUUAUGGAGUCGGCAACCACUCCAAAUAUAGCUGACUUUUAUCCCAUAUUUGCAGAGGUGGAUCUUCAAGGUUUAAGAAGAAAUGCCUUCAAGUCUCUUAAGGAAAUGUAUGGUGUGUGGGAAGUUCUAAUCAAGGAAAGAAGAGAAAGCCAGAGUAAUGGUGUUAAAAAACUUGAUUUCUUGAAUGUUUUCCUUGCAAAUGGGUUCACUGAUGAUCAAAUCAAUACAUUAGUUGCUGAGUUGUUCACUGCAGGGACAGACACUACUACCUCAACAGUUGAAUGGGCAAUGGCUGAGUUGCUCAAGAAUAAAGAAGCCAUGAAGAAACUUCAGGAAGAGCUAAAUAAAGAAAUCAAUACAGGAUCAAUAAAAGAAUCUCAUAUUUCCCAACUCCCAUAUUUGCAGGCUUGUGUUAAGGAAACACUAAGACUACACCCACCUGCCCCAUUCCUUCUUCCUCACAAAGCUCUUGAAACUUGUGAGGUUAUGAAUUACACAAUCCCAAAGAAUUCUCAGGUGUUUGUGAAUGUUUGGGCAAUUGGACGUGAUCCCACAAUCUGGGAAGAUCAUUUAUCCUUUAAACCAGAUAGGUUCCUAAGCUCAAAUUUGGACUUCAAAGGCCAUGAUUAUGAGUUUUUACCCUUUGGUGCAGGAAGGAGAAUUUGCCCUGGCCUACCCAUGGCCACUAAGCAAGUUCAAUUGGUUCUAGCCUCUUUGGUCCAUUGCUUUGAUUGGUCUCUUCCAAAUGGUGAAAAUCCUACAAAUUUGGAUAUGGCUGAGAAGUUUGGCAUAACAUUGCAGAAGGAACAACCUUUACUAGUUAUACCAAAACAGAAAAUGUAA